UACGUGAUAAGUUCGUGUAAAACACCAGACAAUGAUAAUGUCUAUCAAUAUUUAAUAAUAUGCGAAUUUGCGAUUGUAAUUUGUAAAUGUUUAACUCAGCUACUGCUGUGGACUAUAAUUCCGUAUUUAUUGUGUAAAAGUGAUAAAACUUUGUCAUAACCAUUAGAAAAUGGUUCUUAAUACCGUGUCCGGGAUUUAAAAAUACGAAAUAUUUAAUAUUCUUUAAUUGCUUUACAAAAAAUUAAAAUAUACAUUAUCAUGUAAGGAAAUGAACACCGUACAUAGUUUUCCUUUACUUUUCUAGAACAAUUUUCCGAGAUCUAAUAGCUAACUCAUAAACGCAUAUAAUAAUUCAUAGGUAUAUACAUUUGUGAAUUCAGUCUUUAAAUAAAUAAAAUGGAAAUUAUUGGUGAUUAUGAAUACAAUAGUGCCAAUCGCUUGGGACUUGGAGCUUUUGCUAUUGUCUUCAAGGGACGCUCAAGAAAAAAACCAGAUAUGGAUGUAGCUGUUAAAACAAUAAUGAAGAAGAAUAUACCAAAAACUCAAAGUCUAUUGAAAAAAGAGAUAGAUAUUCUGAGGAAACUAACAGUUCUUCAACACGAUAAUGUUGUACAUCUUUUAGAAUGUCUGGAUACUGAUGAUGCAUUUCAUUUGGUUAUGGAGUAUUGCAAUGGCGGUGAUUUACAAGAUUAUUUAAAUGUUAAAGGAUGUUUAAGUGAAGACACAAUACAAAUAUUUCUAAGACAACUUGCUGGAGCAAUGUAUGAAUUUAAUAAACAAGGAAUACUUCAUAGAGACCUAAAGCCUCAAAACAUUCUAUUGAAGUUUUCAGGAGAAACUCGUUAUCCAGAACCUAACCAAAUUACCUUAAAAAUUGCUGAUUUUGGGUUUGCUCGAUGCUUGGAUGAAGGAGUAAUGGCAGCUACUAUGUGUGGUUCUCCAAUGUACAUGGCACCUGAAGUAAUUAUGUCAUUACAAUAUGAUGCUAAGGCAGAUUUAUGGAGUUUAGGUACAAUUAUAUUUCAAUGUUUGGCUGGUAAAGCUCCAUUUUUUGCCAAUUCGCCCGCAGGACUAAAACAAAUUUAUGAAAAAACUAGCAAUUUAAUGCCAAAAAUCCCCCCAGGCACAUCGUUAGAUUUAUCAAACUUAUUGUUUGGUCUUCUAAAAAGAAAUCCAAAAGAUAGAAUAUCAUUUGAGACCUUUUUUGAUCAUGCCUUUUUAAAAAUGAAACCUCCUCCAGUUACAAUGCCAUCUCCACUUGCUAAUAGCCCAAAAACGCCAUCAGUUUUUGAUCAAGGUUAUCAAUAUUCUGUCAGUCCUGAUCUUUCUGAUGAAUAUGUAAUAGUACCUUCAAACAUACCUGCAUAUCACGAGAAAGAAAUUAGUGCUAGCCCUCCAAGACCAAGUACACUUUCUAUACAAACUCAACAGGAUUAUCAUAAUCCACGAUCUCCAUUGAAAUCUGUACCUAGGUCUCAGCCGAUUACAAUGAAUCCAAGGACUUCAAAGAAUAUAAGUGGACCUGAUUUCUGUUCUAUAUCUCCACCAUCAGUUCAGUUUAUGCUCGGAACACCUCCAUCAGGAAGAAGAAUUUCAGAAACGCCACCAUAUAAUACAUGGAACUUUACACCAACAAGUUCUCCAUUAAAGAAAUCAGUUCUAAGUUCACCUCUUUUAAACACACAACAGUUCACAUUUAACACAAAUCAAAAAAUAGGAACAGUUGGCCUGCCUUUCAGUAAUAAUAACCGUGCAAUGACUUUACCUGAACUUGGAAACAUAACUUUUCCAGAACUUCCGCAAGAAACAAUAUUAGAAAAAGAACACAUAGAAACAUUAGCCAAACUUAAUUUUGUAUUAGCAUUGGUUGAAUGUAUUGUUGAAUGUGCCUCUCCUAAAAGACCACGUUAUGAACGAUUAGUGCUUUUAAUUAGAGCAUUACAAUUACUUAGCUCUAGUUUAAGUAUUGCUACUUCUGAACUUAAAGCUGGUCGUUUGCAACCUUCAACAAAUGUUAAAAAUGUGGUACAACAGCUUAAUGAGACUUUUCACAAAGUUUUGGAUGACUGUAAACAAAUUAAUGUACCAAAUAUGUUACACAAUACAUCAUCAUCCACUACUACAGCUGAAAAAUUAUUAUAUGAUUAUGCCGUAGAAAUCUGUGCUAAAGCAGCAUUAAAAGAACUGGGCAACACACCAUAUGAUUAUUUUAAAUCUUAUCAGACUGCUCAGAUCCUCUUGCAUAGUUUGUCUCAACAAGUAAACUCUCCGAGCGACAAAGAAAUAUUAAUAAGAUAUCGAGAUGCAGUAGAAAAAAGAUUGUCUAUAUUACAAGACCAAGGUUAUGUUUACUCAAACACAGUUAAUGGCAAUAAUUCAACUUAAUACUGUUAUAUGAUAAUAAUGUGCUUACUUAUUCUUUACAAUAUUCUAGUCUUUACCUUUUCUUUUGUAUUUAUAUGUAAAAAUGUGUUAUUUUACUUGGUCCUUAUGAAUUUCUCUACUAAACUAAAUCAUUGAAAUAUAAUUAUAUGUACACUAACAACCCUAUCCCUAUGUAAUAAUUAUUAUUUAUUAUGCAAAAUGCUGAUAUAAUUUUUAUUAUUAUUUUUAAAUUACAAUCAUAGAUACAUAAUUGUUAAGUAAAAAAAAAAUUUAAAUUAACUGUUUAAUAUUUGGUAAACAAUAUAUAUAAUAUAAUAAUAUUUAUUUACUAUCUUUAAAAACUAAUGUUUUUAUUGCUCUAUGAGAAGCUUUGUAAAUACAUUCUUAUUGUAAUAUUUUAUAAUUCUAUCAUGUUUGUUAAAUUUUACUAAUUAAUUGUAUAGGGUAUGUAAUAUGUAUAUGUAUUAAUAUUUAGAAACUAGAAACAAAUUUUACAACAGAUAAUACUUAUACUUAAAAAUAAGUAAUUUAUAAAAUUAAAAGUUUUUGGAAAAUUUAAUUUGAAUGAGUUGAAUUAACUAAAUGCCCAUUUCUAGUAAUUGUCUAUACAUUGCUCACAUCAUAUUAUAUUGUAUUAUAAAUUUGUAACUGAUAUUUAAUUAAGUUCCUUACAUUUCUGAGAUAGUAAUCAUAGAAUUUAAAGUAGAAACUAUUCCAAGUAAUGAAGUAAGACUAAUUAUUAAAACAAAACUUAUUUUUUGUUACUAGUGAAACCAGUAAACCACAGAAUAAGACAAACUGUGAAAUUGUGUGUCAUGAUUACGUAAUAUGUACCAUAGCUAAAUAAUCAUUACCAUGUUAUUUGUCCUUGGUUAUAAGUAUUAAAAAUAAAAAAUUCUUUAAUAGUUUCA